AUGAAUAUAUUACGUCGAUCGCUCGUCGGAAACAAUCGUAGAGCAAAGCGAGGUCCUGUAAAGAUGAACGAAGACGAUGAAGUUUGGGAUACGCUGAGUAAUGGCUUCAAGCGUGCGCAGCUCGUUCUCGAUCAGAACCGUGAUUUGAUCCAACGCGUCAACGAAAACCACCGGUCCCGAAUACCAGACAACGUCACCAGAAACGUUGGCCUGAUCAACGAGAUCAACGGUAAUAUCUCUAGAGUUAUGGAGACUUACACCGAUUUAUCUUUCGAGAUCACCAAAAUGUUCCACGAGGGCAAAGGAGCGGUCAAGAACGGUGACACGACGACCAUCACCACCGGUUCCUACGUCGGUGGACGGAGAUCUUGCGGUUCUUGA